AUGUAUAGUAAUUACUUUAGAGAAAUCACCCACUAAUAUAUGAGCUAAGGGAACAAAAGUCCUUCUCAGACAUGCUAAAAUUUUAGAUAUCCUAUAAAAUACUCUGGAUUUGUGCAUCCAUCUUAUAUCAAACAAGACAGGUUGGUUAAUGAACAUACUGCUCAUACUGAGUUAGAAGAUUUUUAACAAGACGAAAAUAUUUAUACUUCUAUGACUUAGAUUCAUAAAACUCCUAUUAGGAUGAAGAUAAAUCCUAUUUGUCAGGCAACUAUGUAAGGACUUCUUGAGAUAAACCCAACCAAUCUAUUUAGCAGCCAACUAUCAAAUGAAUUUAAUGAAAAGGCCAAUCUUUCUCCUAAAGAAGUGGUAGAUCUUAGCAAGAAAGACCAAAAUAAUUAGAGUGGCAAUGCCUGCUAAUAUCCUAGCGAGAACAUCAAUCUUUACUUAGAAGCUAAGAAGUGUGAGCUGAAUGAUUAGGAUUUAGAUAAGGCAGUUUAUUAUUACACUAAGUGUCUAGAGUUUAAUUAGAAAAGAGACUCUGCUCUUAAAGAUCUUGCUACAGUUUACCACAAGCAAGGUAAGACACAAUUAGCAUUAGAAUUGCUGCUAAAAGAAAAAGAAAACUACUAAGGCGACUUAAAGACUUAUGAAAAUCUCAUUUGCACACUUGAAAAACAACUGGUACCAACAGGGAAAGUGUAUCUAAAAUUCAUUCUUCUCUAUAAUUCAAGCAAAGAAUGUAUCACUAACAACGAUAUAAACAACAUAUUUCCAAAAAUAAAGAAAGUCAAAUAAAUGUACUAUUUUAGGGAUUUAUCGCUAUUAAAUCCUAUAUAAAAUGGUAUUUCAAAUAUAUGUCUAUUAGAAUUUAAUAGCUACUCCAACGCAAAAAAAAUCAUAGAAGGAUCUAUGAUAAACUAAUCUACUUCAAUUAAAUGCUUUCUUGUAGAUAUAAUGGGAAAGGUCAAAAUCCAUAUACUUGAUAAUAAGAAUUUCGACAGAGAGCUGAUAGAAUAUCAAAAUCCUUAUUUGCAACCUACAACUUUCUCUUAGUCGCUGCUUUUUAUAUUCUAAGAUAAAGGAAGCUAAGAGAUUAUCAAUUCUGACGAUAAAAAAUAUACAUGGACCCAAGACUAGUUAUUUCUUAAUCAAAAUACUAAAUAUAUUGAGUUUUAAUACAAAAGCCGCCAAUUAGAAAAUGAGCUAACUAUUUAAAGUUUAUUAAAAAAGAGUAAACUAAAUAGCCAAAUACUUUGA